GCGCGUAUGUGUGCGUGAGAGACAGCGACACAGAGUACUGUAGUCUGCACGCCGGGAAGUCCAUAUCUAACAUCUAAUACACGAGCUGCCUUCUGAUCAACUCAUUUAGGGAUAUCGAUCCGUAUCGAUCACUCGAGGAAACUUUGCGCCCUGCUCUCUACAGCAUCUUCUCCAUCUUUCUCGCUUCUUCUUUUUUUUAAUUUCCCGGAUAACAUGGUAACAACGCAGCUGCUACCAUCCCCUCCGUCCAUUCAUAAGUGGUGACAAGUCGUGUUCGGACUCAGCUGUGAUCGGACGACAGAAGAGGACCGGCGGCAGGAAAACAAACCAACCCAGAAGCAUGAGUCCGACUGUGGAGCGUUAAGACCGAGAGGAGCUGCUUUUUCUUCCUGUCCAUUAUCUCCAGCUUCAAGUGGCGGUUCAGAUAAAUACAGAAACGCUUUUGUGAUCUGCAGUUAAAAAAAAGGCAAGGAUGACAGUCAAGCUGGACUUUGAGGAGUGUCUGAAAGACUCUCCACGUUUCAGAGCUGACAUCGAGGUAGUCCAAAGCGAUGUGAGUGAACUUGAGACACGGCUGGAAAAGCUCGUGAAACAGUGCCAGGCCAUGCUGGAAGCAGGCAAAAUCUACUGCCAGACCAGCAAGAGCUUUGUGAACGGCCUCCGGGAGCUGGGACACCACUGCUCUGAGGACAAAAUGAUGGAGGACUGCUUGGAUAAAUUUUCCAAAAAGCUGUCUGCCAUCUUGGAGUUACAGGGGGAAGUCAUUGAGACCACACAGAAGUCAGUCAAGACGAAGCUGCAGAACUUUGUGAAAGAAGAUGUUCGCCGGUUCAAGGAUGUGAAAAAAGAGUUUGAGCGCAGCAGUGAAGCCCUGGAGGGGGCGCUGGCCAGAAACGCUCAGGCUCCACGAGGGAAGCAGCACGAAGUGGAGGAGGCCAGUAGCGCUCUGCUCAAUGCACGUAAAGCCUUUCGGUCUGAGGCCUUGGACUAUGUUUUGCAGAUAAAUGUCAUUGAGGCCAAGAAGAAGACAGACAUUCUGAUGGCAAUGUUGUCACUGAUGGAGGCCCAAGCCCAGCUCUUCCAACAAGGCCACCAGUCUCUGUCAGAACUCGAUCAAUAUCGUCAUAAAUUGAAUGAAGAGCACACCCAGUUUGUUCUAAACGCUGCCAGGGAGAAGAGGGACAUGGAGCAAAGGCAUGCAGCAAUCAAGCAAAAGGACAUGUCCUAUGAUGACUCCAUCAUGGAUUUCAAUGCUGACGCAGCUAAUGGGAUUGCAAUGGAGGGCUACCUCUAUAAGAGAGCCAGCAACGCCUUCAAGACCUGGAGCAGGCGCUGGUUUUCAAUUCAGAAAAAUCAGCUGGUGUAUCAAAAAAAAUUCAAGGACCAGCCUACAGUUGUGGUGGAAGACUUGCGUCUUUGCACAGUCAAGCCCAGCUCUGAAAACGAGAGACGGUUCUGCUUUGAAGUGGUCUCCCCGUCAAAGUGCUGCUUGUUGCAGGCGGACUCAGAGAGGCAGCAGCAAGCAUGGAUCAGCGCCGUCCAAAACAGCAUCGCUUCAGCCUUUCAGGAGCGCAGAGAAGACACACACAGCCCAAGACAGCGUUGCAGCUCGAUGUCAGCGAGCCAUUUGAUAGGAGGAGGAGGCGGGGGGGGCGGGGAUCAGGAAGACGAGGGCUACAAGGCGCUGGACGAGGUUCAGGCGAUUCCAGGGAACAGGCAGUGCUGCGACUGUGGAGAACCCGGUCCUGAUUGGGCCUCCAUCAACCUUGGCAUCACACUUUGUAUCGUCUGCUCAGGAAUACACAGGAGCUUGGGAGUCCAUUUCUCCAAAGUACGCUCCCUCACUCUCGACUCCUGGGAGCCUGAGCUCGUUAAGUUGAUGUGUGAAUUAGGAAACACAGUAAUCAACAGGAUCUACGAGGCUCGGAUCGAUGAGAUCACCAUCAAGAAGCCCCACUCCUCCAGUCCCAGGGGAGACAAGGAAUCCUGGAUCCGUUCAAAGUACGUUGAAAAGAAGUUUAUCCAAAAGUUGCCCGAGACCGGCAGGAACCCCCCACUGAGGCGAUCCAGCGCCAGGAGAAACCGAGCGACCACGCAGGAUCGGACCGUACAGAAACCGGCUUUAAAACCUAAACCAAACCGAGCCACUCUGCCGCGGCUCACAGGGCUAAGCCCCAGUGACAUCGUCCAAAAGAACAACACAGGCUUUCACAAAGAUGUUGAAGAGGAAGAAGAGGAUCUCAGUGGUCUCCAUCCCGGGGCGCUGCUGUACCGCUCGGCAGCCCUGCAGAACUUCCCCGUCAUGGCUGACGCUCUGGCUCAUGGAGCUGACGUCAACUGGGUCAAUAUGGCUGAGGAGUCGAGCACACCGUUGAUACAGGCUGUCUCAGUGAAUGCUCUGGCAGCCUGCGAGUUCCUGCUGCAGAAUGGCGCCAAUGUCAACCAGGCCGACAGCAACGGGAGAGGACCGCUGCACCAUGCCACCAUCUUGGGUCACACAGGGUUGGUUUGUCUCUUCUUAAAGCGAGGAGCUGACUACAACGCCAGAGACAAGAACCAAAAAGACCCCAUAAGCAUCGCUGUGGACAACGCAAACGCAGACAUCGUCACUUUGUUGCGGAUUGCCAAAAUGAACAAGGAGAUGCGGGAGAUGGACGGAGCGUUCGGCCAAUCAGUGUGCCACCUACAGCAAAAACCAAGAGGUGAUGAAACCUACCAGGACAUUUUUAGAGACUUUUCACACAUGGCCUCAAACAACCCCGAGAAGCUCAAACGCCGCAGUGCAGAUCCCAAAACUUAACCAGCUGCUGCCUCCUCCUCCUCACCCCACUGUACGAUGCCACAUUUCACACCUCAGCUUAACAUACUUCCACAUUACACAUGCAGAAAAGUUUCAGCCCACAGGCAUGCACACACACACACACACACACACACACACACACACACACACACACACACACACACACACACACACACACACACACACACACACACACUCUCUUCCUGGCUACCUGCCACAUGUUCAGUCACAGCUCAGCUGGUGUUGACUUCAGAGGGGACAAACGUUCCAAACAGUGAAUUCUUUGUGUGAACACGUCAGAGCAGAACAACUGCGUCCAAGUGGAAACACUGCAACAGUUUUAUGAGACCAGCAUGAGGUGUCUUUAUGUCUAGCAGGGGUAACACCAUCACUCUGCCAAGAUUUCCUAAUUAAAACCAGUAAAUCUGUUCUUUU